AUGGCCUCUUCAUCAGUUGGAUAUACAGAACGCAUUCUUACACAGGGACUUGGAAGAAGAUGUCUUCAUGCAGCAACCAACUGGAUACAAGCUUUGCUUAAAGAAUUGGGAAUUUUUAUUUCUGAAGCACAACACCUGUUAUGUGACAACAUUGGUGCAACUUAUCUUUCGGCUAAUACUGUUUUACACUCACGGACUAAACAUGUGGAUCUUGAUUAUCAUUUUGUUUGUGAUUGUGUCGCUAACAAAACUCUCACUGUCUCCUUUGUCCCAAGUAAGGAACAAAUUGCAGAUAUUUUCACAAAGCCGCUCUCCUUGGCACGAUUUGCUCUUCUACGUUCAAGCCUCACCAUUCUAUCGGUGCCUCUUGAAACGCAGGGGAAUAUUAGAGCACAUGGACCUGCCUUAGAGGAUACCACCUCACAAGCCACGUCCUCCACGUCCUCUGCACAUUCGUUUGGUACUACAGACUAUGAUGAUCCUAUGGAGGCUUUAACACGAUUGAAACAAGUGUCUUCUGUGGCUAUCUACAAAGCACAGUUUGAAACUUUGUCCAAUAGACUGAAGGGUCUGCCAGAAAAGCAUAAACUGAGCUGUUUUAUGAGUGGUCUUAAAGAUGAGGUUAGACUACCUGUAAGAAUGCUAAAUCCUAUAAAUCUUAAUGCUGCUUUUGGUCUUACUAAGAUCCAGGAGGAGUAUAUUUUGGCAUCAAGGAAAUCUUGGAGAAAUAAUACAGCAUUGCCUGUUAAGAGUCAUGGGGAAACUGUGGAGGAUAGUUCCAAGUUUCAGAAGAAUGGAAUGCCAACAAAGAGAGUUUUUUCUUCACAAAUGGAUGAGAAGAGGAAGAAAGACCUCUGUUAUCACUUUGAAGAAAAAUGGAAUCCUAAUCAUGUGUGCAAGAAUCCCAAGGUUUAUUUGAUCCAUGCCGAUGAUGAAGGUCCCCAGCCUGUUCUUGAAGAAUCUGUGAUCGUGGAGGAGGUGGAGGUUUGUGGUGAUAGUGAAGGGACUUUAGAAGUUUCUGUUAAUGCCAUUUCUGGGUGCAAUAAUGGCAAUGCUAUGAGGCUGCAUGGUAGUAUUGUCCCUUGUUCUGUCGAGAUUCUUAUUGAUUCUGGAAGCACACAUAACUUCUUGGAUCCUUUGGUGGUCCAAGAAGCUAAACUGAAUGUCAGGAAAGACUACAGUUUGCAAGUGAGGGUGGCCAAUGGUGAUAAAAUUUUGAGCCAGGGAAGGGGUGAAGAAUUAAUCAAGAUCCAAGGUUCAAAAUUUUCUGUCCCCUUUCAUGUGUCAACCUUGGGGGGAUGUGAUAUAGUUCUUGGAGUUCAGUGGUUGAGAACCUCAGGCUCCAUUACUUGGAACUUUAUUGAUAUGUCAAUGAGUUUUGAGUGGGGUGGUCAGAUGAUUAAGUUGCAAGGGUUGAAUUCUGCAAGUGUUCUCAUGAUGUCAGGAACUAUGUUAAUGCCUGGGGAGCAACAGAAGACUGAAGUUUGUUCUGAAGGACCAAUGGCUGAGUUGCUUAAAGAAUUUGAGGAUGUUUUUGCCGAACCUGUGGGAUUGCCACCAAGAAGAGAUUUCGAUCACCCAAUCAACCUGAAGGAUGGAGUUUCUCCUGUUUCAGUUCGACCUUACAGGUAUCCUCAUUAUCAGAAAUCUGAAAUAGAGAAAAUUGUCCAUGAAUUGCUGCAAACUGGUGUAAUAAGACCCAGCCAAAGUCCAUUUUCUUCACCAGUGUUAUUGGUUAAGAAGGCUGAUGGGACUUGGCGUAUGUGUAUAGACUAUAGAGCCCUUAAUCAAGAAACCAUUAAAGAUAAAUUCCCAAUACCUGUCAUUGAUGAACUUCUUGAUGAAUUAUUUGGAGCUCAGAUUUUUUCCAAGUUGGAUUUAAGGGCUGGAUAUCAGCAGAGUCGAGUAAGGGAGAGGGAUAUUCAGAAGACAGCAUUUCGAACUCAUGAAGGCCAUUAUGAGUUCUUGGCAAUGCCAUUUGGGCUUACCAAUGCUCCGGCCACCUUUCAAGGAUUGAUGAAUCACAUUUUCAAACCUUUUUUGAGAAAGUUUGUUUUGGUCUUUUUCGAUGACAUUUUGGUGUACAGCAUAAAUGUUGUUGAUCAUUUGUUGCAUGUAGAAACUGUGUUGGGCAUCCUGAGGCAACACACACUCUAUGCAAAGAUGUCUAAAUGUAAGUUUGGGGUGCAUGAAAUAGAGUACUUGGGCGACAUUAUUUCGGGGAAAGGGGUACAAACUGAUGCUGCCAAGACAACAGCCAUGUUGUUGAAAACAGCUGUGAGCAAUCCUCCUGUGUUGAGGUUACCAGAUUUCACCAAAGUAUUCACCAUUGAGUGUGAUGCUUCUGGUGUGGGCCUUGGGACAGUUUUGAUGCAAGAUUCGCAGCCCAUUGCCUUUUAUAGCAAAGCCUUAAAGGGAAAAGCACUACUUUUGUCUACCUAUGAGAAAGAGCUUUUAGCUCUAGUGUCUGAUGUCCAGAGAUGGAGACCUUACUUAUUGGGCCAUCCCUUUAAAAUCAAAACUGAUCAACAGGCAUUGAAGUUUUUGGUGGAGCAGAAGAUUGGCACUGAAUCACAGCACAAGUGGGUGUCUAAACUGAUUGGUUAUGACUUUUCAGUUAAUUACAAGAAAGGCAAGGAGAACUUGGUGGCUGAUGCUCUCUCAAGAAGAAAUGAGGAAGAACAAGCAGCGCUUGCAAUGAUUUCCUUUCCAACUCCCUUGUGGAUUGAAGAGUUGAAAGAAAGUUAUUCCUUAUGUUCUAAAUUUUCUAAAAUUGUGACUAAGUUGCAGCAAGGUGAGGAGGCACCUAAACAUUUUUCUAUUCAACAAGGGUUGUUGCUGAGGAAAGGGAAGUUGGUGGUCAUUCCUUCUUCUUCAUUCCAUUCUAAGAUUCUGCAGUUCAUCCAUAAUAACCCACAGGCAGGUCAUGUGGGGUAUCAUAAGACUCUACAAAGGGCAAGGAGAGAUUUUUGGUGGGAAGGCAUGAGAAAUGAUGUGAGAAGAUUGGUGAAAGAAUGUGAGAUGCAAGGAGUUUCUUUGGAUUUCAAUUCUUCUUACCAUCCUCAGUCAGAUGGUCAAACAGAAGCCUUGAAUAAAUGCUUGGAAGGGUACUUAAGGUGUUAUUGCAGUCAAAAGCCAAAGGAAUGGACUUCAUGGUUACCAUUUGCUGAGUGGUGUUACAACACUACUAUGCAUUCUUCCAUCAAAAUGUCCCCAUUUGAAGCUCUUUAUGGGUAUGCUCCCUCGAAACUGAUGGCUUAUGUAUCAGGUACUUGUGCUAAUGAUGUUGUUGAUAGGCAGCUUAAAUCAAGGGAAGAAUUGUGGGGUUUAUUGAGAGAUAAUAUGAAGAAGGCACAGCAGAGGAUGAAAUUCUAUGCUGACAAAAAUAGAAGUGAAAGAUCUUUUGAAGAGGGUGAUUGGGUCUUCUUAAGACUCCAGCCUUAUAGACAGAAGUCAGUGGCAAUGAGGCAUAACAUGAAGCUAGCUCCAAGAUUUUAUGGGCCCUCCAGAUUGUGA